UUGAUGUUGAUACCACUCGGGGGCCAUUGCCAGACAACGUUCAGGACAGUAUACGGUCAGACGGCAAUAUUGUAGGGGCUGUACAGUGGUUGAUAUCUGUGGUGACUCGAACCUUCCUUCCAACUGGUUAUAAGGAAACAAAAACACCACAUUCUAAUCUGAAAAAUGAACGAACUUCCUUUUUUUCUGAGUCAAACCAGAAACAGCCUUUAAAUACACUUGUGAGCAAAUCACCAAUUCUUGACAAUUAUCUCACCAUGGAGUUCAUCAGACUGUGCAUUCUCUUCUGUGUCCUCCAAAGAACACACUGUUCUAACACUACUGUGACCUUCACAACCAUAGACAGUCAUGGGUCUUCACUUCCCAAUAGUUCGUCAUUGGGUGCCAGCGAGAUCACAGAUGCAGUCAAAGAGGCCUCAUCACAAACUGCGGCAAGUCUGUCCAACUUCUCUGAUCCUGCAAAUACAUCACCUACCCAACCUACUACGACAACGUCUCCGACUACUACCAUGACGACAUCCAGCAACACCACCACUCUAACACUAGGGUCUUUUCUCUCCAUGCUAAUUAACACGUUCGUCUCCACGGCCACAAACUCUACCACCACUGCCAAUACAACGUCCCCGACAACUUCAAAAUUACCAGAUUCUCUCUUGACCAUGGCAAAUAAGAUUCCAGGAGGAAUGGGGAACUCCCUCUUGCCCCUUCUUAUGGGGGGAGGGUCCAUCGAUCUAGAAACAAUUACACGUGUCUUGAAAAGCCUUGUCCCUCAACUUCCGUCCAUCUUGAGGGGGCUUACUCAGUCAAACACAAGCGGAUUGACAGCCGACGAACGUACAUGCUCUGAAGAUGUGGAUACCUAUCUGAACGAUCUCGUACAGGGGAAGAUGUGGGCUCUUAGCAUGUUCGAUGCAUCAGGAAAACCGGCCACCUCCAUCCUUGAAGGGGCAACGACCUUUUACGGCAACUUUGACGAAUGUCUUGAUGUAAUCAGUGAGGUGGACCAAGCCACGGGGAGACAAGUAAAGGGGGACACCUGCGUUGUGUCCAUUCUUCCUCCUCCACAGCUGCUAGGCAUGAUGGGAGGUGGAAAUGGUGGUGGAAUGCUUGGCGCACAACCCAUGACCUUCAACUGGCACCUGUGUCUUCCGAGUAGCUGCGGCAGCAGGAGUGUGCAAGGAGCGCUGCAGAGCCGUCUGUCGCAAGUCAACCUGAAAGUCGCAAGAGUGGUGUGUCAUGCGGAGAUCAAGAGCGGCCCCGUCAGUAGCGACAGUGCCGCGGUUGGAGCCAUCGUCCUGACGGCCAUCUUGGGCUGCCUGGUCAUUGUGGGGUCAGCUCUGGAUAUGAGCAUCCGGGCUACCAAGGGUCGUCGCGAUAAGGUUCCCGUGAGUCCCCGUAUCGACGCAGUCAGAUUGACUGAAAUCUGCACGACCUUCAACGAUUCGGCUGAAACGUCAGUUACAAAUGGGAACAUAGAUACAAAUGGCUUGAUUUGGAAGCCACAUCUCAACUUCCAGAACGAUGGAAUAGACAACCCUGCUGGUCCGAAAAUACAGGAGACGAAUGGUGCACACUUUGUAUAUCCUAACGGUGGGCAGCAGCUUCGAUCAGCGGACAAACAACAUGACAACAAAAAUAAGCCUAAGUUGGCAGUAUGGCAGCGUGUCCUGUUGUGUUUCUCUGCCGUCAGCAAUGGCGAGAAGAUCCUCAGCGUCAAGCGCUCACCCGCAUCUAUUACCUGUCUCCAUGGCAUCCGGGUCCUCAGCAUCGGAUGGGUCAUUUUGGGCCACACGUAUCUCUAUUUCAUCAUGAGUAACGCAGAAAACCCCAAAGCAGCCAUGAAGUUGAUGCAGGGCUUCAGUUUCCAGAUCAUGAUUAACGCAACACUUUCUGUUGAUUCCUUCUUUGUUCUCAGUGGCCUGUUGGUGACGUACUUGUUCCUGAAGGAGACGGAGAAGGCUGGAGGUCUGAAGGUGAAGCACAUGAUCCUGUACUACGUCCACCGCUUCUGGAGACUGACGCCCACCUAUGCCUACCUGAUGUUCAUCUACACGUUCCUACUGACGUAUUUGGCGGAUGGGCCCACGUGGGCCGGGCCUUAUGACAAGAAAAAUUGUGAAGAUUAUUGUUGGACGAGCCUGGUGUACAUUAACAAUGUCUAUAAACCAGAUAAACAGUGUAUGGCCUGGGGUUGGUACUUGGCUAACGAUAUGCAGUUCUACGUAAUAGCUCCAUUGGCCCUCAUUCCAUGGGCAUUAAGUUCGAGGAGAAUGGGGACUACAGCUGGAAAAGUUUUAAAGGCAGUUGGUGUUUUCGUGGUGCUCGGCUAUCUCAUCUGCAGCGUCGUCACCACCGCCUCACUCACACACAAGUACAACACUGACCUCUUCAGUAACGGGGCGCUCUACUUCGAAAAAGUGUACCAGAAGCCUUGGUGUCGGAUCGGUACAUUCGCCAUAGGGAUGAUGCUAGGCUACAUCCUCCACGCAAUGAAGCAGCAUGAGGUCAAGAUGUCUCCAUUCCUGCAGGGUGUGGGUUGGCUCCUGGCACUGGUGGCGGCCGGGGCAUGCACUCUGGCGACCUAUGACGCCAAUGCUGAAGGGAGACCAGGCUGGGGAGUGGAAGCCAGGACGGCUCACGAGACGCUGUAUAGACCCGUGUGGGGGCUGGUCUUGGCAUGGGUCAUCUUCAUGUGCUGCAAGGGGAAAGCAGGUAUCGUGAACUGGAUGUUGUCCUGGGACUGGUGGCAGCCUCUCUCUCGACUCACAUACGGGGCCUACCUCAUUCAUCUCAUGUUCAUAUUGACUGAAACUUCGACAGCGAGAUCCCUCAUCUACUUUACAUCCGGGUACAUCGUGUACCGCUUCUUCGGCUACGUGUGCAUGUCGUAUAUCUUCUCCUUCCUGCUGGCCAUCCUGGUGGAGGCGCCCCUGCUGCAGCUGGAGAAGCUGGUCCUGUCCUGAAUCACAACAGCUUCCUACAGGACAGGCUCGUCAGAUAAUCUCUUAUCGUUUGUACCCAUGAUAGUUUUUGAAGUUGUAGUCAAUGUCGAGAUUCUUUUCUUCACUUUUUCGAAUCAAAAAAUGAAAUUGUUUCUUUGAAGCGCGGAAUGUACGAUUGCAUUAAAACAGUUCCAGUCUGAAACCCCACUCUUCAUUGUCUCAUAGAAAGUAACACCACAUUCUGAAAGCAUACGUAUAUAUUUUAUAAGUGUAUGUUGGAAAUAGACCAUACAUUUAUAUUUUUUAAUCGUGUACAGUAAGCGUGUUUAUAACGAACACGCUUAUAACGAACUUGCGGAUAUAACGAGCUGUUUUUUUGUCCCGGACAUUUGCUGUGUAUAUAUGCUUAUAACGAACAACGGUUAUAACGAACUAAAAUUAGUGGUCCCUUUGAGUUCGUUAUAACCAUAGUUUACUGUAUAUGGACAAAUGUUUGCAAAAUAAAUGUUAAUCAACCAA